AUGGGUGGGAAGCAAUCUCGCAGUUUCUCCAACAAGGAGCUGAACGAGGUGAGUGUUAAUCGAGGCAGGAAGUGUGCUGGGAAAGACGACCAGCCCAGCCUGUCCUCGGCCGCCGAGAGGAUCCGUAGACACACCACGGUGCACUUUGGCUACAGCACCCUGAGCCUGGCCAUGCGGGCCCUCGAUGAAAUCCCCUCUGAGCUGUGGGAGCUCCGGGAACUACAAAAGCUAAACUUAUCCAUGAACUGCCUCUGCUCUCUGCCCCCGGCCCUGGGCGCUCUGGAAAAUCUGGUGAUCCUCAACUUGUGGGGUAACAACCUGUCCAGCCUCCCGGCCGAGAUCAGCCUCCUGAAGAAGCUACGCGUGCUUUUCGCCUGUCGCAACCGCCUGAGCGAGGUCCCAGAGGAGCUGGGCUCCUGCACCUGCCUGGAGGUGCUCAGUCUGGCCAAUAACCAGAUCACGGGCCUCCCCGGCAGCCUGGCAGCCAUGCAGAACCUGACCAAACUCAAUCUCAGCCACAACCGCAUCGCACACAUCCCCACCUGCGUCUACAGCAUGAAGGGCCUCGUCUUUCUCCAUCUGGCUUGCAACCGCCUGGAGACCAUUGCGGACCAGAUCCAGGACUUGGUGAACCUGAAGAUCCUCAUCGUGGAGGGAAACAGUAUCCACACACUGCCUAAGACGCUGUGCUUCCUGGAGUCUUUAGAACUUCUCAAUGUUGACUUCAAUGACCUGCAAAAUGUGCCGAUGGAAAUGUACCUGCUGAGCAGGCUCGGGAGGUUGGCCUGCCACCCACUGGAUAAAGGACUUCAUAUUAUCCACAACCCCCUCCUCAAGCCUAUCCAGGAGGUGCUACAAGGGGGACUCAGUGCCCUCUAUAACUACCUCAAGCCCACGUGA